GAAAGGCCUCGAAAAUCAAAUCAAAAUGCUUCUCGGAAAGCUCUUCACCCGCCUUGCCUUCGCGGCCACGGCAAUCGCCCCUGUUGCCUGUACCCCAAUUGCUGAGCCAGACGUCACCACUUUGGAGACAACCACAUCCACGACCACGGAGGCCAUAUCAGCGGAGGCCUUAGACGGUAUCCAAGAUUGCGGUUCCGUAUUCGUCAACAUCGUGAAGCUUCUAACCGACCUCCUGAAUUCCAUCACAGGCGCUUGCGAUACAAGUGCAAUUGCCGCUCUCAUCGACCUCGUGCUCAGUCUCCUUGCUCACAUAACCCUGAUUUCCGGUUGCCUCCUUACUAACAUUGAAGGUCUGUUUGGUGGGGUCCUGGCUCUUCUUGCGGGCGUCUUGCGCAGCUUGCAGUUGGAUAUUACUGGGUGCAUCUCUCUGUUCACUUCUGCUUGCGGCCCAUAUCACCACUAAGAGGAAAUUGAAGCGUGCUGCAAAUUGAAAAAAAUUCCACCAGGAAGGGUUCUGAAUUCG